CUUCGCCUCAGAGAUCAAGCCGCUUAUUGGAUCUCAAUCAGUGGCCGAUACACUACCACCAUCAACACCCACGAUUACAACUGAAGGGCCUGGAAGUCUGAUGAUAGAUAAAACGGGUAAACUGGGACGAAAGGUCAAGCAUAGCAAGGAAUCCUCUGACCUUGUCCUUCAACUAUACUUUGUAAAGGAACUUUCCGUGCGGAAAGCCGCUGAGGAAGCUCGUGUUAGCAAGUCUUGGGCUGGGAAGGUUAUCAAAAAACAUCGAGCGACGAUCGCCGAGAGGAACAUGGGGAUUGCUACUGGCUUCAAUAUCACAUUUUUUAUCUCGCGCUUGGUUACGAAUGGUAUUUAUGUCUUUUAUGAAGUAGCCAACCUCCGUUUCCCUGAAUCGUUGGAUGACCUUCCUUCCUUUAUUACAUUGAAGAACAUCACACUGCUGCUUGCUGUAAAUGAUGUCUUUUGGCGCCUGUGCAAGAAAUCUGACGAUACUGCGACCAUUACUAGCAGGUACAAGCAAACAGUAGACUUGAAAGCAUUGAUUGGCACCAGUCACGAUCGCGGAAGAACUUGUACUAUGAGAUAUGGACAAUGAUGACCCACCUUGACUUAUUCCCAUCUCUCCUAUGCGAACCCAUUUAUUAAUCUUUGUUUACAUGUCCCCAUUUUAUAUGGUUUCCUUUUUUUUUUUUUUAUUCAAUAAACGCUUUUUCGAAAUCAGCGAUUUGAACUGCCAA